CUGGCAGCAGUUUCCCCGUUUCCAUAAACCCAAGAGUCAUAGUGCAUAAAAGAUUAUAUACAGAUGGAAAGAAAAGAAAAGGUUAUAUAUAUUAGAGAGAGAGAGAUCUGCCAUAGAGCUAGAAAUUAUAUUAUAGCUACUACAAAUUGAAAUUGGUCAAUCAUGUAUUGGUCAAGCACGCUGUUGUUGGUGCUGGCGUUGUUGGUGGAGGUUGGAGGAGCUACGUGUGGAAGGAAAGGCCCAAGUAUCAGAUUCCCCUUUGGACUCAAACAUGACAAAAAUCACUCUGCCUACCCAGGGUUCGAGUUGUCUUGCAGCGGCAACCACACAGUUCUUGAGCUCCCAAAAUUAUCUUUGAAGUUCCUCGUAGACCAUAUUAAUUAUAAAGCUCAAGUAAUUGAUCUGCACGAUCCUGAUAAUUGCCUUCAGAGACAGGUUAUACAAAUCCACAACUUGCCUUCAAUUUCUCCAUUUCGUUUCGCCCAGGAUGACCUCUUCAAUUAUACCUUGUUCAAUUGUUCUACCAAAGGAGAAGGAUAUAGUGAUAUUUAUGGAUUCACAUCCAUCCCUUGCCUUGCUGGCCCCGGAUAUCAAAUUUAUUUCUCUUACUCUGACGCUGCAAUUGAAGAGAUGCCUUUAUAUUGUACCAAGUUGAAUAACACUUCACCCCUUCCAUAUAAAAGAUACUGGUCUAGUACACUACGUUUGAAAUGGCUUGAACCGAAUUGUGGUCAUUGUGAAGCAAAAGGGCAGAGGUGUCGUCUCAAUAAAGACAAUAAUACCACAAAUCUCGAAAUGAUUGAAUGUCUUCAUCGCAAAGGUGACAACAAGAAAUAUGUGGCUAUUGGUGCUACCUUUGGUGCGGCAGCUCUGACAGUGAUGCUUAUUCUAGUUUAUCGUGCUUACAAUUCUAAUAAACAGGGAAAGGAGCAUAAACUGAGAAUAGAGAGAUUUUUGGAGGAUUACAAGGCUCUAAAGCCAAGCAGGUAUACAUAUGCAGAUAUCAAGCAAAUUACAAGUCAGUUCUUGGAAAAACUGGGAGAAGGAGCUUAUGGAACUGUUUACAAAGGAAAGCUCUCUGCUGAUUUUUUUGUUGCAGUAAAAAUCCUUAACAGUUCAAAAGGCAAUGGAGAGGAGUUUAUAAAUGAAGUUGGAACAAUAGGUCGAAUCCACCAUGUUAACGUGGUUCGCUUGGUUGGCUAUUGUGCGGAUGGAGCUAGAAGAGCUCUCGUUUAUGAGUUCUCACCAAAUGGGUCAUUGCAACAAUACAUAUCCUCACCAGACUCUGAACACUUCCUUGGGUGGGAAAAGUUGAAAGAUAUUACGUUAGGCAUAGCCAAAGGAAUUGAAUAUCUCCACCAAGGGUGUGAUCAACGAAUUCUUCAUUUUGAUAUAAAACCUCAUAAUGUCUUGCUAGACCAAAACUUCAUUCCAAAAAUUUCAGACUUUGGUUUGGCCAAGUUGUGUUCCAAGGAUCAAAGUAUAGUGUCCAUGACUACAGCUAGAGGGACUAUGGGGUAUAUUGCUCCUGAAGUUUUCUCUAGAAACUUUGGAAUUGUUUCAUAUAAGUCAGAUAUCUAUAGUUUUGGAAUGAUGUUGCUCGAAAUGGUUGGAGGGAAGAAGAUUACUGAUGUGAAAGAGGAAGUUUACUACCCAGAAUGGAUCUAUAACCUCUUAGAAGAAGGAGAAGAUCUACGAAUCCAUAUUGACAAAGAAGAAGAUGCUAAGAUUGCACAAAUGUUAGCAAUUGUAGGACUGUGGUGCAUUCAAUGGCAUCCUACAGAUCGUCCUUCUAUGAAAGUUGUGGUUCAAAUGCUUGAAGGAGAAGAAAAGUUGACUUUGCCACCUAACCCUUUUGCCUCUACAGAAUCAAUGAAAGCAAGAGUUGAUAUGCCAGGAAGGCGGAUGAACCUAGAAUUAGAAACCAUAACCGAGUUGGAGUGAAUAUGAGAUAGGUGGCAAGUUUUUCUUUUACUUUGUAAAGAUCUAAAUUUAUGCAUUUUCAGUGUAAGCAAUAGUAUUGUUAAACAUCUUAAUAUAAUUACAUGCAUUUUCAUAUAUUUUAAGUUAA